CGCCGCGACGUGUUGCGCUCGGAGCCCCGCAUGGGCUGUGCCGCACCGGCUGCUGCGGCCGCGCCGCUCCCGGCCGCCCUGCUGCGGCCGCGCCCGGCUCCGCAGGCUCCAGCUGUUCGCUGCGAUGCUUUAAAGGACCUCUGCGUUGCCGCAGUUCAUUCCGGGCUGCUCUCGCCUCCUCCUCCUCCCCACGGCUGCGAGCCCCUUCUUGAACUGCUCCGCACGUUAGCGCUGCUCGGUGCAGGCGGGCAUUUCCAUGCGAGCGCCAGCCGCCCGCUGCUGUGACCGGCAUCAGCACAUCGUCCACCUCCCGCUCCAGAUCCGGAGCGACUUCAUUACUUGGGGUGGUGCAGGGACCUUUUUUUCGGCAGGAAGGUCCAGUGUAAGUUUAUUUUCGGCUUCCGCUCUUCUGCACCGGCCAUCGGUUUUGUUCACCAUCCCGCGGGAGCCGAGGGAACCGAAGUUGCCAGAGGAGCCAAUAUACUGUUACACACCACACAACUUCACCCGCGAUCAAGCCUUGUAUGCCAGAGGAUAUUGUUGGACAGAAUUAAAAGAUGCCUUGCCAGGAGUUGAUGCCAGCCACUGGCCCUCCUUGUUUGAGCAUAAGUUCCUACCUUAUGCACUGCUGGCUUUUGCUGGGAUAAUGUACAUUCCAGCUCUGGGCUGGGAAUUUCUGGCCUCCACUCGACUGACUUCAGAGCUUAAUUUUUUGCUUCAGGAGAUUGAUAACUGCUACCACCGUGCAGCUGAAGGGCGCGCACCAAAAAUAGAGAAACAGAUUCAGUCCAAAGGCCCAGGGAUAACUGAGAGAGAGAAAAGAGAAAUCAUUGAGAAUGCAGAGAAAGAAAAAAGCCCUGAGCAGAACUUGUUUGAGAAAUAUCUGGAAAGAAGAGGACGAAGUAACUUUUUAGCUAAGCUUUAUCUUGCAAGACAUCUGUUCAUCAUCUUUUUAAGCAUCAUACCAAUCACAUACUUAUCCACCUACUAUGCUACACAGAAGCAAAAUGAAUUUACAUGUGCACUAGGGGAGCCUCCAGACAAAACGAGCAGCUCCAAAUUGCACAUCAGAGUGAACUGUAAACUGCCAUCUGUCCAGCUCCAGCGGAUUAUUGCUGGUGUAGAUAUCGUUCUCCUCUGCUUCAUGAACUUGAUAAUCCUCAUCAACUUGAUUCACCUCUUCAUAUUUCGCAAGUCUAACUUCAUAUUUGAUAAACUGAACAAAGUUGGAAUAAAGACCAAGAAACAGUGGCAGAAAUCCCAGUUUUGUGAUAUCAAUAUUUUGGCCAUGUUUUGUAAUGAAAAUAGGGACCACAUAAAAUCAUUGAACCGUCUGGAUUUUAUUACAAAUGAAAGCGACCUGAUGUACGACAAUGUGGUACGCCAGCUGCUCGCAGCACUGGCCCAGUCCAAUCACGAUGCCACUCCAACCAUGCGUGAUUCAGGGAUUCAGACCAUAGACCCAAGCGUUGAUCCAGCAGACAUUGAUGCUAAUGAACAACUCAUCAUUAAGAGACCAAGGAAGAAGAUGAAAUGGAUCCCAACUACCAACCCCCUUCCCCAGCCAUUCAAGGAGCAGUUAGCCAUUAUGAAGGUUGAGAACCAUAAACCUGAUAAACCGAAGCCUGUGCGGAGAAAAACAGCGACAGACAGCCUUAUAGCUCCUUUGUUGGAGUCUGCUGCAAAAACCUCACAGCAAUCGUCCGCUCAUAAGAGCGAGCCAAACGCCAUGCCAAGCACAAGCGGUGAAAAAAAGCACACACGGCACUUUUCCUUGGAUGUUCAUCCAUAUAUACUUAGUAGCAAAAAACCCAAGCCAGAGGUUCAAGCCAUCCCCUCGAUGCCUACAUCAAAAAGCCAAGAGGGUGGAUUUUUAAACCAGGAAGAGAAUGUUGUAGUGCAUGUUACCUCCUCUCUCAAAGAUACCCCUCAUCCUGCAAAAGAGAUCCUAUACUCAUCUGAGACAUGCAGAACUGUGCCUGCUGCUGCGGCUUUCGUCACGUGUAACCACAACCAUAUAGCCACAACUGCUGCUGCCACCAGUAUGGCUUUGAACCAGGUCAAGCCAGAGCCAACAGCUGCACUGAGCUGCAACCCAGCCCACCCUUUGCUGCACAUCAACACGCUGUACGAGGACCAUGAGGAGGAAGUUUCAAACAUAAUGGACAAUGGGAUUCACUCACCAACUGACGCUGGGGAAAUGCUGUCCGUCCCUACCCCGAAGCAGAUCAGGCUGGCGACGUUUGACGAGCCCAUGGCGAUCGUGAGCUCGGUGGAGUACUGACAGCCCCGGGCGGCCUCGGGCCAGGCCCACGGCCACGGCAGUGCUGGCCAUGGUCCCUCAGCAAUGCAACUCACUGCAUGAGCAUGGAGAGUUUUCUCACAGACUAUAGCUUCUGGUAAUAACACCAAACGGUUUUUCAGGAUCACGUCAUAAGCACUGUCAGUCAUUUGCAAAAUAGAAUAAAAAUCUGGUGGAAAUACACCUUUAACACUAAGACAACCAUUAGCUCUAACUCUAAACUAUAGCUUCCUGAUUUAAAGGGGAAUUAGCACAAUUUAUGAACUUUAAGAGUCUAAUGGCAUGCCACAGCAAUUUUAGCAAGUGUUUAAAUCGUUUGCAUUCAGAAUCACUGAUUAAAGUUAAUAUGGAGAUGAGGUAUAAUUUUUUAAUGGCAGCAGUUAAAUAAGAGUUCUUUUCUAAGCAGGGAUGAUUUUUUUUUUUUUUUUAAUUCAGGAUUAUGGCAAAGCUAUAUGCAAGCAAAAUUUGUGUUUUAUUUGUUUCUUUAGCUCACUGGUGUUGGGCUUGAUGGAGACUUAGCUGAAAGGGCCUUACUACCACCAGCAUUUAAGUGCAAAAAGAUUGAUACUCUCAAUCUCUUGCAUUUAUAAAUGAAAAUACCUGAAGUAUGCCCCGCCCUUUAACAUGCUUAUAUGUUUGAUGGAAGAUGAUUAAAUUAAGAGUUUAUUUUUUUAAAUAUAUUUUACCAUGGAAAAAAUUACUUUAAUAACUUUUCAAACCAGGUGUUACUUUUAACAAAAUGUGUAGAAGAGAGUCAUUGUAGCUGCUUAUUUUUUCACAGUGUAUUUAUGAACCAGGUUAGAAACUUUCAUGGGUGCUUCACUGAUACGAAAAAUCUUACGGAGGUCAUUACAAAAUAUCUUACAAAAUGUGAAACCAGCAAACCUGUUUUCAAAUAACACACAGUUAAAGAAGUCUAUGAAUUUGUUCUGCAGAUUUGGCUAGUCCUUGAUUCAGCACAAAUUAAGGCCAUGGAUGACACUGAAAUGACUCAUGUCUAAAGCUAAGCACACACUGAAAUGGCUUUGCUGGAUCUGGGCUCUAGUGCAGGCAGACAAGAAUCCUGCAGUAUGUGCUAUCACUGAAUCAGUAUUUGCCAUCCUUGGCUCAAAGCACAUCUUCAUGCCCAUCUUCCUAUAAUUACGAUAUGUGUGAUUUAAUAGAAAAUUCUAGUAUAACUAAAACGUCUAUUAAAAGUGUAUCAUGCAAUAACCAUUCUCAGAAAAAUUAUAGUGAAACAAAAAAGUGACUGUGUUAAAAUAAUAUUCCUAGCUGCAUUCAGAAUUACAGGCUGUGUGUAUUUGCUUCAAAAUUAUGUAUAAUGGUAGAAAAAAAUAUGCAGCACAAAUAUGGGACUGAAAUCUCGAGUUUAUUUUUAAUUUAUUACCUCAGACAUGGAUAUAUUAUACCAAUAUUUAAUGAAAAUAGCACUGAAAAUAAAUGCCUAUUAUUCUGAA